AAUUAGUACGGUCUUAAAAAUUACAUCGGAAAACAAACAGGAAGCUACUUACAUUCAAUUUUCAAAAAAUUAUUCGAGGACGGUCGUCUUGAGUAUAUAUAAACCGUGAUCUUAGUCUUGAAGUUAUCUGGGAAAAUUGGUACAAAUUUUCACUAUGAGAACAACCAUCAUCGCAGUGGUUUUGGUAGCGUUCAUUUUGACGGAGCACUCUAUGGUCGAGGGUUGGUGGGGACGCAGUAGAGGAAGUAGUAGAUCGAGAAGCCGACAGAGUAGUUCCAGAAGUCUGGGAGGAAGAUUCAGGUCAGUCGUAAGGUCCGGCGUGAAUCGGGCCAAAGAUGUUUUCCGAAAGGCCAAAGAGAGGGUACGCUCUGGAGCUGACUUUGCUAAACAGGCUGCUCAAGGAGCCGGGGACAUGAGGAGGGCAUAUAGUGACAUGAAGGAAGCGAACUGGAAGAAUUCAGACAAGUACUUCCAUGCACGUGGUAACUAUGACGCCGCCAAAAGAGGACCCGGGGGUGCAUGGGCAGCAAAGGUCAUCAGUGAUGGUAGGGAAAGUUACCAGAGCAAGUUGAGUGGCCAAGGACCGGAAGACACGGCUGCUGACCAAGCGGCCAACGAAUGGGGACGAAAAGGUGGAGACCCGAACAAAUACCGGCCCAAAGGACUGCCAGACAAAUAUAGAUAAACACUGAAAAGAAUCCUCACAAUUUACAAACACCGAAUUUUGCUGAAUGUUCUGAUAUGACUUGUUUUUUGCUGGAAUAAAUGAGUUAUUA